CCCCAUAUCCCCCCUCCCCCCCCAGAUGGGGUACGAUGGGCUGUUCCUGGGCCGCGUGGACUACCAGGACAAGGCAGCCCGAGAGGAGCACCAGGAGAUGGAGCUCAUCUGGAGGGCGGGGGGGGGCAGCGACCCCUCCCUUGACAGCGACAUCUUCACCGGAAUCCUCCCCAACGUCUACAACCCCCCCCCGGGGUUCUGCUGGGAUCAGCUUUGCAGUGACCCCCCCGUGGUGGAUGGGGAGAGCACUGAGAACAACGUGAAUGCCACGGUGACCUUGUUCCUAAAGAUAGCU